AUGGUUACUCACCCUCGUCGUCUCAAGAUUGCCCUGAUCGGCCUCGGCCGGCUAGGUGCCAUCCGGGCUCGCAUCCUCGCCUUCCAGCAGCCUCGCAUCGAGCUCGUCGCCGCCUGCGACACCAAGCCCGGUAGUGGUGAAUGGGCCGCGGCCAACCUUCCACCUUCUGUGAAGUUCUUCGCGGAUCCUGAGGAUUGCAUGAACAACAGCGGUGCAGAGGCUGUCCUCAUUUCCACCGCGACGGCUACUCACGCUCCCCUCAUCUGCCGGGCUCUUGACCUAGGUCUCCAUGUUAUGAGCGAGAAGCCGAUCUCGGUGGACAUCAUCACGACUGAACAGGUCCGCGCCAAGGCAGCGGCCAAUCCUCACUUGAAGUUCCUGGUUCCUUUCUGUAGACGAUACGAUGACUCGUACCGUGCAGCUAAGCUGCUGGUCGAGAACGGUGCACUGGGCGAGAUUCACGCUGUCGAGACCACCUGCCUUGACCAACAGGACCCUUCUGGCUUCUUCGUCACCUUUUCUGCGCAGUCCGGAGGCAUCUUUGUUGACAUGGGUGUUCACGAUAUUGACAUCGGCCGCUACUUCCUGGAUGUCAAGUCGGGCUUCACCAACCCCAGGAAGCAGGUCAACAGAGUCAUUGCCAUGGGUCAGCAGGCUGUCUACAACGACCUUGCCAAGUACGGCGACCUGCGACAACGGAUGGGGUCUGGUUGA